CGAGGAACGCGGACGCACCUGGGGGAGGAGUCACGGCGAAGGGAAGAAUGCAGUCUUCAGCGCACCGCCUGCGGGAUGUGGAGCAGCACCACCCCCUGCUUGGGCCGGAGGACGAGCUGGACGGGACGUCCCCGGAGGACGGAGAGCGCAUCUGGUUCAUCCAGGACAGCUGCGGCAUGAUCUGCGCUGUCAUGACCUGGCUGCUGGUGCUCUACGCCGACUUCGUGGUCACCUUCGUCAUCCUGCUGCCCUCCAAGAACUUCUGGUACGCCCUGGUCAACGGGGUGACCUUCAACGGCCUGGCCGUGCUGGCUCUGGCCUCGCACCUGCGCACCAUGCUGACGGACCCGGUGAGCGGGCAGGAGGGCUGCGCGGGGGCGUGGGGGUCUCGGGCUUCGGACGCUCCGUCGCUUACGGGCCCUGACUUCCCUAAACAGGGGGCCGUGCCCAAGGGCAACGCCACGAAGGAGCACAUGGAAAGUCUCCAGCUGAAGCCUGGUGAGGUCAUCUACAAGUGUCCCAAGUGCUGCAGCAUCAAGCCUGAGAGAGCCCACCACUGCAGCAUUUGCAAAAGAUGCAUCCGGAAGAUGGAUCACCACUGUCCCUGGGUCAACAACUGCGUGGGAGAGAACAACCAGAGGUUCUUUGUCCUCUUCACAAUGUAUAUCGCUCUGAUCUCCAGCCAUGCCCUCACUCUCAGUGGCUUCCAGUUCUUCACCUGUGUCAAAGUGCAGUGGAACGAGUGCAGCGACUUCUCACCGCCCGUCGCCGUCAUGCUCAUGGUCUUCCUGUGCCUGGAGGGGCUGCUCUUCCUCACCUUCACGGCCGUCAUGUUCGGCACACAGAUCCACUCCAUCUGCAAUGACGAAACGGAGAUUGAGCGGCUCAAGAACGAGAAGCCCAGGUGGGAGCGGCGCAUGCGCUGGGAGGGCAUGAAGAACGUGUUUGGGGGGCAGCCCUCCCUGCUGUGGAUCAACCCCUUCGCAGGACUGGACCUGCGGCGCUUGCCGGCUUUACGCUCGCGCCGAGGCGGGCCCGAGUUCUCCGUGUGAGCGGCGGCCCGUCCUCCGCUCGACUGCGGCUCACCAGCCUCGCUCCCCUCCACCCGCUCCCCUACCGUCUCGCCAAGACACCUUGGCUCCCCUUGUGUGGGCGCACCGCAGGGGGCGCUGCCAGGGGGACUUGCACCUAGGACUGCUUGACGCGGGCAGCUGGAUCUUGUACCAGACGCCCUCUACGUCAUACACCUGCGGAUGUGCGCGUGAACAUAUGCACGGACGCUUUGUUCAGUUUUUGGAAGAGCUACAGUGCAGUGCUGAAAACGCACCGACACCUGUAUGAACCUCAGACUGUGGACCUUUAUGGCAUUAAUGUGAUGUAAAGGGGACAGAUGCAGUAUUCUUGCAGGGGAGAGGGAUGAAAUGUGGCUCACGGGAGGCUGGCUCAUUUGACUUUUACCUUGUAUUACGUCGGCCGGCCCUCAUCCUGGUGAUGAUCGGGUUCCGCGCACUUCUGUCGCAGCCUCGUUGGCUGCGCAGUUGGGCAUUUAAACCACUUUCGGCACAAAUGGAUUGUAAUCAACGCAGUACUACGACGCUGCAGCGGCUUUCUCGCGGGAUGUGAAAUUACACUGCGAUCUGGAGCAAAAGCGAGUAUCUGCUGAGUUAAGCGCUGAGGCUGAAAUGCUGUCACCGCUGUCCCAAAGGUUACACGGCAGCGUGCGACUGCUGCUCGGCCCACCUUUUAGGAGAUUAACCACUAUACUUAUGUCCUGGGACAGUCGCUGCGGUGGACGACGCGCUCUCUUUGUUAACGCCGUCCUGUUUUUGUUACACCGUAUUUCCUUUUUCUUCAAGUUAAUGCAGGAGAGUAGCGUUUAGAUCCUCACAUAAUUCAGAGAAAAGCCUUCCGCUGGUGUGUUAAAGCUCUGUCUUGCGUUUCGUGUUUAGGCGAAGAAGAGCGUGAAUAGCAGUUGGCAGCUAACAGCACCUCGCCGUUAGGUGGUAAGGCUGCUUGGCUGCUGCCGGCAAAACUGGGCUUCCCCGCCGCUGUUAACGGGACCACUUGAGCGCACAGCGCUGCAUUUGGCAGCCUUCGGGAGGUGCUUCUGAAAAUCUUCUUCCGGGAGCCUUUAAGUAGAGAAAUGCUGCAGAAGAGUUUUGGAAACAAGGCCAAAAGCCUCGGGUCACAGACGUAGCGCCGAGAGGCGCGGCUCCAUGCAGGAGUUUCCCCGAAGAGAUGCUGCACGUCUGCAUAGCUUCCCCGGUCUCACGCCUGGUCUUUGUAACCUCACCGUCCAAGAUCGCAGACGGAGCAGCACCUGUCACGCGGCCUUAACGCGCACCGCGGACACCGCGUUGCGUCAGGAGCUGUUUCUGUCCCACAAUCCGCAUCCGCGGUUGGGUCGAGCGAGGUCGCUACGAGGCAUCCUGAAAUAUACGGGAUGGGCGAAUAAAUAGGUUCGUUGGCAGUUGGCGCUCGGCAGAUGACAGGAUGGUGCACAAGUGGAGUCGUGGCUCGGAGCUCUGCUAGCUGAAGCCGCUGAAGUGUGGAGCAAUCGGUGGCAUCAGUCCUGCUUCUGGUUUUGGCGAAAGAGCCAAAUGUAAAAGUACUAAUGCGUCCCUGCCGUAUGUAUAUGAAUUUUAGGGAACUAUUUACUUACCAAGGCCAAACCUGUCUUUCGGUCAUUUAACUGCUUCUUGCACCAGUUUGGGUGCGAAGCAGCUGUUUUUAUUUUGUAUCUUUGCCUCUGAACAAAUUCCCAUGUCUUCUGGGUUUUUAUGGCUUCUAUCACUCGAGUAAUGAAAAACUUUAUAGAUAUUACGCAAUAUAGAUUCCUUGGAGGUAGUUUAACUGAAUUGUUGGAAUGAGAAUGUAUGCCAUGAUCUGGAAUGUAUUAUCAGUGACAUCUAAACACGCAGGGAAACGUCUGUUUUAACAAUCAUGAUAUAAGCAGUAACUAAGUUUUCUGACCAGAACAGUGUAAGCUACUCGUUGCUGUGCUUGCCGUGUCAUUGAAAAGUGCGUUACUGGGAACAGAUGCCGGUCCUUUGGAAGGCGGCUCUUCAGAUGCAGUUCUGCGUGGCCUCCUGUCCGCGGAAGGAGGACGCACAUCUGAGCCAAACCACGUGCUUCGCGGAUGGGGGAAACGGCAGGAUUCGUACAGCGGUUAUGAUGGCCAAUCCCGCAUAGCGACAGAAUGUCAAAUAUAUGCCAUAUCAAGCUCUUUCAUCAGAGCUGGAAUCUGGGUUCUUUAAGUGUUACCUAAAAUGUGGUUUAGCUGAAGAUUUUUUUUAAAGAAUGUAUAUAAUAAAUGGUCUGUAAAUGCUACGAUCGGUAUGGGAACAAGAGUCAUCGUAUACUUCUUUCCGUUAAGGCUUAGUACAGCUCUAGUAUAGCAUUCAAUGUGCCUGUCCUUUAUCGUACUGCUCCAGGGUAACCCCCAUCAAUCAGUCAGCAGUAUCUUUCCUCAGGGCACUCGCCCUCCUUUGACACCUGAAUGUGGAAUACUCUGAAAAAUAAAAAUCAGCUUUUUU